AAAACGUGGUACAACAAUUGUACAAAGAGCUCAUCGUCCUCAUGUCUCAUACUGCACUUUUCUCUAUCUUCCUUCUUUGACACCUCCCUUCCCCCUAUUUCUUCCACAUCUCUCCCUCUUUUUCCAAUCCUUUUCCGAUUUUUCUCUCUCCUGUUUUUUUCUCUCUCUUCGAUCACCGAUUAAAGUUCAGAAUUCCAUCAAUUUUCGUCGUAUCUUAGGGUUUUUGCGAUUUCGAUUCAAUCUCAUCCACCGCCAUUUUCUGUUCCGCCAUUUUUUUGAGGCUCCCUAGGGUUAAUUUUUAGGGUUAGGGUUACGGAAAAUGGGAGGCGAUUGGCAGCAGCUGUUACAAUCAGUUAUCAUAGGAUUAAUCUUCUCUUUUUUGCUUGCGAAGCUGAUCUCUUUUGUUACCGCAUUUCGUGAUGAAAAUCUAUCGAUUUCUCGCUCUUCUGACGCCGAAGCCGACGCCGUUGCUCCGCCUCCGAGUUCGCGACAUGUCCGGAAAUCGUCGGUUAUGUCGGAGCCUGAAUCGACGGUGUCGGAGGGAGAAUUGAGUGAGAUUGCGUCGAGAGUUAGUGAUGAUAAUAAUUCGGUUUUGGCUGAGAAAGGGAGUGUUACAGCUGGUGAUGCGUUUAUGGAUGAUGUUACUGAUGAUGAUGACGAUUGGGAAGGUGUGGAGAGUACUGAGCUUGAUGAGGCGUUUAGUGCUGCUACCGCCUUCGUGGCGGCGUCUGCGGCUGAUAAGAUUUUGGCUCAGAAAGUCGGUAAUGAUGCGCAGCUUCAGCUUUAUGGUUUAUAUAAGAUUGCCACUGAAGGUCCCUGUAGCACCCCGCCGCCUCCUGCCUUUAAGAUGACAGCUCGAGCGAAGUGGAAUGCAUGGCAGAAAAUGGGCGCUAUGCCUCCUGAGGAUGCAAUGCAGAAGUAUGUUGAUAUUGUGACAGAGGUGUUUCCUACCUGGGCAAGUGGUGGCGCGGAUAAAAACAAAAGUGGAGAUGCUGAGGAGCAUAGUUCAGAUUCAAAGGGACCCAUGGGACCAGUUUUCAGCAGCUUUAUUCAUGAGGAGGAAUCUGGAGUUGAAUCGAAAAUGGAUGCUAUACAUGGCUUUGCCAGAGAAGGUGAUGUAGAUAACUUGCUUAAAUGCAUUGAGAACGGCAUUUCAGUGAAUCUAAAAGAUAGUGAAGGCCGGACUCCAUUGCACUGGGCAGUUGAUCGUGGUCAUCUUCCUGUCAUAGAGCUGCUCUGUAGCAAGGAUGCAGAUGUGAAUGCUAAGGACAACGAGGGACAAACCUCAUUGCAUUACGCAGUUGUUUGUGAUAGAGAAGCCAUUGCCGAAUACCUUGUGAAGCAUAAUGCAGAAGUUGAUGUAAAAGAUAACGACGGUACAUCCCCAAAUGAGCUCUGUGAGAAGAAUUGGCCAUGGAUGCUACCAACUGAUAAAGUGGUUGAGUAAUGGGUCUUUUUUUGGUUGUCCUACACUCCCACUACUGCUAAUUAAAUCGAUUAGGGAAUUUCCAUGUGGAUUUGUACAUGUUAUGUAUUACGAAGUGUGUUAAUCAUGGUCCUGUUUUGUUCUUGAAGAUUUGUUAAUAGGUAAUUAUUAUUAUUAUAUGUCGCUUCAAGUGGUAAAAUAAUUCUUUGUCUGCAAUAUCGGAAGGAAGAUUCAAUUCGGAUUCGUGAAGUUAAGUAUGUAUACUCUGGUUUAGGUAAUUUGCCAUUCCUGAAGUUGCUUGGAUUUUGCACUUUGGUUGAUGAAAUUUUAUUUCAUUUCAUUUACACCA